AUGCCAGCAGACUACAGCAGCACAGCAAAGGCUCUCGCCCUCCCCAUCUCGCCCCUCCCCUCGCCCUCUCCAGAAACGACACGCCCCCCCUGGUCCCGCCGCAUAUCUUCCUCCACCCGGCGCGCAAACACCAACUCGCCCUACUCGCAGCGUUCGACGCCCCCAAGUUCCCUCAAAGACCAGAUCCUCGCCUCCGCCUACAAAGUGCAGCGCCAACUCCUCAAGACCUUCCAGUCCCUCUCCAUCCCCCAACGAAUCGCCGCUAUCAUAGCCCUCCUCAUAUCCCUCGUGUUCGGGAUAUUGUUCUUGGUAUACAGCGAGCGCAUCUUCGGCUUCCUAGCCCCCGCAGCAAAGAAAUGGCAUUCCGUAACCGGCGGCUGGAUAAUCCUCUGGCUCAUGACAUUCAGCUGCGCCUUCCCGCCGUUGAUCGGCUACAGCACCUCCGUCACAAUCGCCGGCUUCGUGUACGGCUUCCCGAACGGCUGGUUCAUUGUAGCCUCAGCCACCAUUGUAGGUAGUCUCGCAUCGUUCAUGGCGAGUCGGACGGUGCUCAGCAGCUAUGUGCAUAGGCUUGUGGGACAGGAUAAGCGGUUCGAGGCCCUAGCGUUGACGCUGAAACAUGAUGGCUUGAAGAUUCUGUGCAUGAUACGCUUUUGUCCGCUGCCGUAUAGUUUGAGUAAUGCGGCCAUGUCUACGUUCCCUACAGUGAACCCACUUAGUUUUGCGCUGGCGACGGCGAUUUCGAGUCCGAAGUUACUGAUUCACGUUUUUAUCGGGUCGAGAUUGGCGGUUAUUGCAGAGAGUGAGGGGGGCAAGAUGGAUGCGGGGACGAAGGCCAUCAACUACAUUUCUAUUAUCGUUGGCGGUGUGCUUGGUGUUGCCGUUGGGUGGAUUAUUUAUCAAAAGACGAUUGCUAGGGCUAGGGAGCUCGAGAUCGAGGAGUUGGAGGAUGGACAAAGGGCAGGGGAUGUGGUUGUGGGGAGGGAGUAUAGUGAUUCUGCCGAGGCGGGGGAUGCUGAUGCGGCCGCGUUGAUGAAUGAUGAUGAUAUCAGUCUGUGGGAUAAUGAUGAGGGUGUGUUUGAAGAUCAGGAGACGGGGGAGACGGGGUAUAGGGAUGAGCUUUCGGGGGGAGAAGGGGAUGUAUUUGCUUCUGGGGAUGCCGAUGAGGAUCCGAAGACGAAAACAAGCAGGGGGAGAGAUUAG